UCCUGGCUAUCUGGUGGCUGUGUCUGGCCUAUCACUGUGAGCCCCGGCGCCCUUGACGCUCCAGUACACUUGUUGCUGCCCAGUACACCACUCUCAUAACUCACCAGUAGCCCCCUCACCGCUCUCAUAACUCCCCAGUACCCCCCCCCUCACCGCUCUCAUAACUCACCAGUACCCCCCUCACCGCUCUCAUAACUCACCAGAACCCCCCCUUACCGCUCUCAUAUCUCACCAGUCCCCCCCCUCACCGCUCUCAUAACUCACCAGAACCCCCCCUUACCGCUCUCAUAACUCACCAGUACCCCCUCACCGCUCUCAUAACUCACCAGUACCCCCUCACCGCUCUCAUAACUCACCAGUACCCCCCUCACCGUUCUCAUAACUCACCAGUAGCCCCCUCACCGCUCUCAUAACUCACCAGUACCCCCCUCAUCGUUCUCAUAACUCACCAGUAGCCCCCUCACCGUUCUCAUAACUCACCAGUACCCCCUCACCUCUCUCAUAACUCACCAGUAGCCCCCUCACCGCUCUCAUAACUCACCAGUACCCCCCUCACCGUUCUCAUAACUCACCAGUACCCCCUCACCUCUCUCAUAACUCACCUAGCUAACUCUUUCACUAACAAAUUAGUUGACAAAUCUGAGUGAUAAUCUUUCACGAUUUGAAAACCGCAAUGAUUGUUGUAUGAGAAGACUGGAGGUUGUGUUGACCAUAAGUGUACGAGGCUGAUGUUACGGGCAGCCCACAAGCACGUGUGUGACGGCAUGGUGAUGGUGGUGGUGGUGGUGACGCUGGCAGCCCUCGUCACAGCAGGAUCGUCGGAGAGAAGUGACGGAGGUCUCUCCCAGGGAGUUGGACGACGACCAGGACUGUCUCCGUGUCUUGAAGAUCCUCACCGGUGUGAUGGGAGCGGCUUGGCGCACUUCCCCCUGGGUGAGACCUGGAGGUACUCCUUGGGGGGCUGGUGGGACCUGAGACUGGACUCCGGCUCCCUAAAGCCCACCACCUCCAGCAGGAGGGCCACACUGGAGGGCCUCGCUGCCAUCACCAGGGAGUCCCCCUGUCGGCUCAGAGUGGCGCUUAGGGAGACCUUCUUCAGCGACUGGCAGCGGGACGGAGCAGAGAUGGUUGAGACGUGGGUGGUGGUGGAUGGUGGGAGCAUAAGAGCAGUGUGUGGUGGGCAGGAGGCCGGGCAGUACCCUGGUGCCCAGCGCACUGCCCACAUUCACUCCCUGGCCCGGAGCAUUGUGUCUGCGGCCCUGAGCAUGGAUCCUAAGCUACACGACCAGCGCUUCACACUCACUGAAAGUGAUCAGUUUGGUGAGUGCGAGACGGAGUACGACACUGGCGGAGUGUGGCCGGGCGGGUAUGAAGUGGUGCGGACCAGAGACCUGGCCCGGUGUCGCCCCACCUCCGGACCGGCCAACAAGGGCUUGUCAUCACUCACUACUGAGGCGGUGUGGGAGUGUCGCCAGCAGUUCGUGACCCAAGGUAGUGAUGAACCUGUCCUGGAGAAGGUGACGUGCAGCCAGUCACUCACGCUUCCAGACGCCGCCACCUUGGCCUCCAGCCUCACCCUCACCUUCCUAGACGCGCGCCCUCGCCACCACCACGCCCACAGUCACCCAGCGAGGAUGCAGGAGGUGGACUUGGAGAGAGAGGUGGCUCCCGGGCCGUCCACCACGGACCUCACCGCCCAGGUUCGCACCCAUCUCACCCACUUGUGUACGUGGCUGGCCCGCCGGGUCACCACCCAGGCCGCCACUACCUACCCGCACUUGGUGACACACUUGAAACAUCUGCCGACGGAGACGAUUGUGCAGCUGUACACGGAAGUUAACACCGGCAGGAUCUGCCCGCAUCACCCACGGGUCAGGAGCGUGUACUCUGCUGCGCUGCGCGACGCGUCGUCUGCGAAUGCAGCAGCCGCCAUGUGCCAUCUGAUGACGUCUGCGGCUGCUGUGUUUACCCCAAGCUGGACGGCGUCUCUCGCUAAUGUUCAACAUCCUACAUCAGAGGCUCUUCAUACGUGCGCGGAUCUACUGGACGGUGAUCACUGGGAAUCAUCUGUGUUGGGUGUGACGGCCAUGGCGGGUAAUGGGGCGAGGACGGCCUCUCAGGGCAGGAUAGGCCUCCACUGUAGUCCUCGUGACUCCCGCUGUAUUGAAGAGGAGGAGAGAGCGAUGAGGGAGGCGCUGGACGCCAUCACUAGGAGGCUGGUACUGAGGCUCAGGACCCACCACGCUGCCAGCGACACUCACCAGAUGUUGCUGACCAUUCAUGGUCUGGGUAACGUUGGUGGGUAUGGCAGCGAGGCGCAGGAGGAGCUGCGGGAGCUUGGUGCCGGGGAGAGCCUCCACACCGCCGCCGUGCGCCUGGCGGCAGUCACGGCUCUGGGCAAAGGUCCCUGCUCCACACAGAUAAGGAACUGGUUGAAAUGGGAGAUUCUCAACGAGACCGUCGAUGCCGAGCUGCGGGUGGCGGCCUUCCAGUCCCUGCACUCGUGCAGCCCUGGUGAGGCUCAGCAAGUCGCCUCCCUCAUCAUUAACAAGGAGUCUAGUACACAAGUCAAAUCAUACGUGAGUGGUUUUGUGAGCGAGGAAGAAAGUGGUGGAGAUUCCCGGCAGUUGUCCCGGCACUUAGUGGCCAACCUCACCGCUCUUCUGGGCCUUCCACACACUAUCCUCGAAACAGAUAUUGUUUUUCAAAACUCUUUUCUACCUCGAAGUAUUGCAUUCAACUUGACAUCUGCGUUAUUGAAGCAUUUUGGUGGAAGCGCCCAGCUUGGUGGACGCCUCGAGAACUUGGAGGAGCUGAUCCAGUCCUUAUUUGGUCAUAAGGGCCAAGUUGGCGGGUCAUUACAGGAGUGGGUAUUGACUCUGCUCCAGAAGGCACAGGAGCUCUUCACCCGGGCCUCCGAGGAGUUCGUCAAUGCCCACCAGAGGCACAAGAGGAGCUAUAGUCUGUCUGACGUUCCAGAGCUGCUAAGAAAGGUGAAGCAGGAGGUGGUGACGGAGCUGCGCGGGUGGGUGUUGGCGGGGCUGGGCGGCACCACCCGCUUCUUCUCCACCUUUGCCCUCGACCCCCUCGCUCUACAGUGGCACCAACUCCUAACCUCCUGGCUCGACCACCUUCUUCUGACAUCAUAUUCGUCUCUCCUUCAGUCAGAUGUGGAAGUGACGAGUGGGUGGGCCGAGGUUGAUGAGAGUGUGUGGUCGUGGAGCGUGGUGGGGACGCCUCUGAGGCUCUCCCAGCACCAGGGGGGACUGGUCUCUCUGGCAGCCGCUUCUCGUCUCGACCUCCUUAGGUUGCUCACUAACCCCAGUGCAUCCACCCUCUACAUGGCGCUCAAGCCUAGUUUGGGAGUGUACUCCUUGAGACGGCUGGCAGUCGCAUCUCUGACGGGUGAUGUCACAGCCUCCUCCUCCAUGCUGGCGUCUGGCGCCGUGGACGUCUCCGCCACCUUGGUGGUCCAGGGUGGGGACAAUAUGGAGCUGAAGCUGGAUAUUCCUAGAGAGUCCUUCCAUGGCUACUCGGCUCAGAUCACACACAGUCUGCAGUCUGCAGCAGAUGAAAGCGCUGACGACACUGACACAGUCAGCGCUGAUGAUGACAGCAGUGCUGAGGGUGACGUCCAGUGCUCAGAUGAAGACGAUGUCACACUUGGACUUGUGGAAGGCGUGGGCGAGGAGCAGCUGGAGGCUGGUGCCCCACGCUCCAGCAGGAGGAGUGUCUGCAACAGUGCUCUUGAAGCCAUGCUGGGUAUUAAGUACCAAGCAGACACAGAGUGGACGCGAAGCAAGCACGUCGCGGUAAUAAGGACGCGAAGCUUCCUUCGCAAGAGUGAGAGAGACAUCACUGGAUACAAAAUGGGUUUCUCGUGGAAAAAUCCAGGUGUUAAUUCCAUGUUUCUGGACGUGCAUGUUGAGGUUGAAGGGUCCAGCGUGGAGAAGAAGGCCGGCCUCAUCUUCGGACUUACCUACAGUCCACACUUCACCUUCAAGCUUCAACUACUCAGCCAGAAAUUCUCGGCCUUUGCAGAAACCUCGGUUGUCAACGACCCUAACCUCAAGCGUAUAGAGGGCCACAUAGGCCUGGGCAGCAUGGUGUACGGGGUCAAGGCCGAGCUGUUGAUGGUGACGGACGGCGGCCAUGUGAGCGUGAAGCCUCGCCUGGUGGUAGCCUACCCGGGGCAGCAGGAGGACGCCUUACUAGAGGGUUAUGUUGCCCGCUACUUCUCCGACAAGGUCACCAGUGUCACCCUUGACCUCUUCUCUGAAGGAACACUCAAGGAAUACCUUGAUGUUGCUCUCAAAGGAACCGCUGAGGUGAGACACCCGCCUCACAUGGACACAGUCGUCACCCUCAAGAAUGUCCAUCUCUCAUCCCCAUUCUUCUCCCUGGGGCUGGAGGCUGCCUGCUCUCUCAAGGACGAUGCUCUCGAAGGCAAAAUUCAGGUGACGUGGGAUGGACAAGUGGUGAUGGUGGACGUUGGAGUGAUGAGCCAGAGGUCUGGCGACGAUGACCAACACUUCACAGUCAACUUUGAGAUGCUGCUUCCCGACCACCCGCACCUCGACACAAGGCUCCUCUCCUUCACUCACAUACACACCUCAGAGGUCAACAAUAACCUGACCUUAACCAUCGGACCCGAGGACAGUCGCAGAGUAUUCCAACUUAGUCAUUCAACAGAGUGGAAGUUAAGGAGGGCAGCGGAGGGCAGCACGCACCAUCGCCCUCCCUUCACCGCCCUCGCUGCCUCCCUCCUCAACAGCCUCAACAUAAAGUGUUCGGAUGGGAGCUUGGACUGGACCAUCGAGCACCAGCUGCAGCUCUCAGACAGGUCCCUGGACAACUGUGUCCGGGCCAAGAUUGGUGAAGAAUCCCACACAUUUACAGCCAAGUUUUACGACCAGUCACAACACCUCUUUAAAUACCACAUUGAGCUAGAGAUCAGUCUUCCAGCAUGGCACUUCAGCUACGUGGACAUGCUAGAACAACGUGCAGGAGGCGAGAUGGUGGGACACAGCACCACCGUCAUGCCGUCUGGCAGAGUCCACACCUCAUCCUCCAGAUAUUUCAAGAGCAAUGUUAAUAAUACGUUUAUCUUUGAAUUUUCUUAUGACAUUCUUGUCAGGGAUGGCCUUCGAACGUGGAAAAUAUUAAUGGAGGAAUCGUUUGAGUGGUCAGGAAGACAUAUAAGCCUGGAGGCAAGUGUAAGGGAAGGGGAAGAGGCUGUCACAGGCCUGGAGGUCUCCCUCAAGGGACUCAACUCACCUCAAGUUGACUUCUACUUUAAACAUUUUGUGAGGGACUUAUACAAGUGCCAAGCCUCGCUGAAGAGUGAGGGACAUGAGACAGAUCUCGGAGUCACUCUCCUCAUCAUUCCUUUCAACAGGGAGAUUACGAGUAAAGUUGUGUUGGACCACGACCAGUGUACAGGUGGAUCUGUGGAUGGGGAGGUGAAGUGGGACGCCCGGGGCGACGCCUCCAGGACCCUCGCCCUAUCCUCCCUCCUCAACCUCCCCAGGGAUGGCCAGCCUUUGGAAAUUCGUGGACAGUUUUCGUUGCUGGGAUGGCAGUGGGAGACAGUGUUGAAGGUGGCGCUGGGACGGCAGGUGGGCGACACCCACUGGGUCACCUACCUCCUCAUCUUCCCUGAUACCUCCAGAUUUAACUUCGGAUCACAACUUGGGUUUGUAGUUGCUGAAAAUAACCUGAAUAUCACGACUAGAUUUGAGAUACAUUUGCCGUCUGGGGAAACACACAAUAUGUCUCUGGCAGCCGACGGACAGCUGAGAGGAAGUGACCUGGAGGACGCAACUCUCACAUUCAGUGUUGAGUCUCCUGUUACUGAACACAUCGAGCUCUAUCUUCACAUUGUAAACCAGAUAUCCAAGAGCAGAAGUAACGUUGGAAUGACAGUGAAGGCGUUCUCUGCGGCCAGCUACUGGGAGCCGGUCAAUGUUAAGACAGUGGGAGCCUGGGAUGGCACCACCAUCAACGUUGAGGUGGUCGGCAGCUUGGGCACCACUUCUCUUAACUUUGAAGGCACAGGAUCCUACAUGCUUGUUGAUGAAGAACAUCACGUGUCUGGCUUCGUUGAGCUGAGGAUUCCUUCAUUAAAAUCUUGGAAGCAGCUGAGGUCAUCAAUGGAAGGAACAUUCAGUGUGGCCCACAGCCCUGGAAGACUAAAGAUGACUCACGUUAUAAUCAUAGAGAAGGAUAAAAAAGAAGUGUUCAACAGCGACGGGGAAGUGAUGGUUCAUGUCCCCGAGGUAGAGGGCCGCCUGCGGCUGACCCGGAGCGGAGCCUCAGAGAGUAACCACGUGUAUACCCUGCAGGGAACUUUCAUCGGGAAGGAACUAAAACUUGAGGUAAGAGGAGAGAUCGACGAGGUGCCGCUGGUGAUCACUUUCCACUACGUAGACGGCCGCCAGGUGACCGUCUACGCCACCUACCGGGAGGAUGGAUACUUCACUUUGUCCAUUACAACUGAACUUAAAAACAUCAGCAUUGGCAUCAGGAAGGGGAACGGAACGUCGUACUCGCUGACCACGGAGGGUCUGGUGGAGCUGCGAGGACAGAGGACGAGGAUGCACCACCAGCUGGCCAUCACCCCGGAGACAGCGUCCUCAGUGCUUACACUCUCGCCCUUCCUCGGCCAAGCUUUUAUGCUGACAAGUAAUCGCACGAAAAUGUCCCUGAACCACUGGAGUACGGACGUCUCCCUCAACUGGGGAGAGAGAACCUUCACCUACCGCGAUGAGGUGAGCUUCCCCAGCCUCACCAACUGGUUUGUGAAGAUUGAGAUCGACGCCCCGGCCUUAAACAUGCAGGAGGUGAGGUUUGAGGUGGAAACUUCUGGUGAGGGAGGCGGAGAGCAGGCUGUUCAGGUGGUGUUCCAGGAGGAGAAUGUCACUCUUCACAAAGCCAGGUUGGUGUUCUUCAAGUACGACUCCGUGGAGGAGAUGGCGUGGCGAGCGGGCGCCAAGGACCUCGUCCUCGCCUCUAAGGUCUACAGGGACCUCCUCAUCUCCCACACCAUAAGUCUUCCUCACGGUGGCUUAGAGAUAGUGAGCAACAUGACGGUGGGCGAGACUCCAGUGAUCGGGGUGGGCGUGAAGGUGACCCCACACACGCGAGCCCUCAUUCUCUCCGUCUGCACCACCGGUGACGAAUGUGUUCGUCUCCACGCCCACGCCCACGCCCAGGCUACGCCCUCAACCAGGACCUACUCCUUGGCUGCUCAUGCCCUCAACUCUCUAUUUUGGCGGAGCCCGGAGGACCCUCUCGUGCAAAACUCCGUCACUUUCAUGGCCGAAGAAACAGCUGAGAAGGUUGUGGUGUCGUGUGGAGUGCGCCGUGUGGAGUGCGAGCAGGUGAGCUGCGACACCACCUCCACCCUGCGCCUGCUCCACGCUACCAUCCACAUCACUCCAAACACUCUCGACUUUCUCGUGGAUACGACUAAUCGCACUGUAGAGCUCAGGACUGUUGUCCGAGGGAGUCCAGGAGACCAGGCCACUGUGGCGACCCUUCCUGGUGGACGCCUGGUGGAGGCGUCCACCCUGGACACUCGUCUGUGGAUGGACCGAACUGGGGACCCCGAAGGUGUGAUCAACUGGAACUGCAGUGUGGUACAUUACGCGUCAGCCAGGGCAAAAGAGUGGGUCAUUCACUCAUCUCUUCAUCAUCGCUCCUUCAACAAGGUUGUGAGAGUGAAUGGUACCAUCGUUGCUGCCCCAACGUCCAAGUCUGCAGCACUGUUCCUGGACCUUUUCACCCGUAAUGAAGACUCGCUCAGGAUUGACCUUAAGCUGCUUCAGGAGCAUGGCAUCUAUAUUAUUGUUGCCAAUUUGUCAAAACCCAUGGUUGCCAACCCGGAAAUAUUGAAGGUGGUUGCGUGGUUGCUGCCCUCGCCUGACAGCGGGGAGGUGAGGGUCGAGGUGACGGUGCCCAGGACGCCCCCCGGGCACACUAGAGCACUGGCCCCUCCUCAGGUCCUCCAAUACACACACUUCACCCUCGCCUGCUCCCUCGACGCCACACACACCUACACAUCGCUGGCCUGCAAGCUGACGACCCCAUCAGUACAUGAGAGUGUGUUGGUGAGGUAUGAGGUGUGUGGCGAGCGGUGGUGUCAGGGUGUCAGCCAGCCUGGGUGUCAGGGUGUCAGCGCGUCUGUGGGGGUGCUGAACCAUACCUACUAUACCAAGCAAAUGAUCUGCCAAAGACCUUUCAGUCUGCAGUCAAGUUUGUCUAUGAGAACCCAAGGAAGUGCCAAAGAAGAACUUGCAUUGAAAUUUGGACUUGUAGAUGUACGGACAGCUGAGGUGGACUUGCUGGAUAACGUUCACAUCAAACUGCAGCUCCACACCCCGUUCCUGCUCCAGGCCCAGGCCGCCUCCGGGGGCAGCUGGUGGAGCAGGUGGCGGGCUAUUAUGGAGGAGGCCAGGAGGGAGGUGAAGACCUUGACAACCCUCGCGAGGACUGUGGUUCGAGGUGUGGCCUCUGACGUGACCUCCACCACCGACCUCUCACAAGUGUGGAGGUCCACGCCCACCUCCUCCCUGGCACAACACCUUCACGCCCACGCCCACGCCCUGCUCCUCGAGUUGAGGGAAGAUGAGCUGCUCAUGGAUAUACUUGACGGCGCCCGAGCAUGUUAUGAUGUAACAAGUGUUAUGAUAGAGGGUGGAGUAGCCUACCUGAGCCACAACUAUGGGCGGAGCAUCAGCGAGGCGCGGGUGGGUGCGGGCGUGUGGGUUGAGGCCGCCCUCGUCCACACAGCAGCUUGGCUCACCCACCUGGGCCAGCGGGCAGCAAACACCCUCAUCUCUACAUUAACCUUCAUUGCUGACCUGCCUGAAGCAUUAUGGAAUUACGGGUUAACAGUGCCGGUGGUAGGGCAGGCGAGCCAGUGGUUGCUGACCCAGGUGAGACAGGUUGGCAAGUCACCAACAUUCACCUACGCCAGAACCUCUCUCAUGUCUGCAGGUCACCUCCUUCACAAGGUGCUGUCCUUAUGGUAUGGUGAAGGUGAUGAAGGCCUGCACCGCCAGAAUACACCAGCUGAAGUCUGGAACCUCUGGGUUCCGUUGCCAAGGUGCAGUCACUCACUGUUCGAUGUGUGGCGUCAUAGUAGCGGGGCGUCGGGUGGCGCCAGGCACCAGGUGUCCCUCUCGUCUGUUGUGGUCCGCUGGUGGCACUUGCUCACUCACCCUGCACGCCUCGCUCUUCACUACACUCCGCCUUUCACAGCUCAAGGUGCGGUCAUCGGAAACACGAACUUCGUGAGCCUUGACGGUCGUUCAUUCAGCCUGUCGUCGCCGUGCGCCCACGUGCUGGUAACUGACGCUCGGGACGGUCUCUUCACGCUCAUCUCUGGCUGGGAUGAUGCCCAACAAGGACGGGACUACCUCCUGCUCCUGGGUAACAUGACAGUCAAAGUUACCCCGGACUUACAGGUUAGCGUGAAUGGAACAGUGGUGAGGCUGCCGUACAUCAGGAGGACAGUGAGUGUGAAGCGCGACCUCCAUCACUUGGUGGUGCGCGCCAGGGACCUGACGGAGCGGGACGUGGUCACGCUCACCUGCUGGAGCCCUCACCACGCCUGUGUGGUCAGCGUCAGCGGCUGGCUCCACGCUCACACCAGGGGACUCCUCGGCAACCUCAACCUGGAUCCAUCAGAUGAUUUCAUGCGACCUAGUGGAAAGGUGGCUGCAGGUGUGGAGGUGUUCGGCGAGAGCUGGCAGGUGGGCCCUGGGUGCCAGGCUGAGGCCGCCAAGGUCACCACCCCGCCCACUACCCUCCCAAGUCACCCUUGUAGCACUCUGCUGCUUCACUACGACGCUCCUCUCUUCCCCUGUCACGAGAGCGUUGAUAUCACUCCCUUCCACGAGAGCUGCGAGAGGCUGCUCGCCUCCUCCCGGCCCACUGAUGGCAACAUCACUCAGGGAGAAGUUGACGUCGCCACUGGUGGAGGCGGAGCUUUUGUGGACCAAUCAGUGGUGAGGAACACUCCAGCACAGCGUGAGGCCAGCCACGCUCAAGCAUGGCUUCAUGUUACUGAUAGUAAUAUAACUGCAUCAGCUGACCCAAACACGACUCAUAUCAAGCUUAAUGGUCAAAGUAUACAAUCGUCAGCUGUUCAUAAUCAAGUUGUAAAUAUUGAUGGCACCAUGCAUCAAGCUGACAAUGCCGGCGCCACAGUGGAAGAGGUUACAACUGUGUGUGACGUAAUGGCAGCAUACGUUACAGUGUGUGGAGAACAUGACGUCACUCUUUCCCUCCCUCCACUCUGCGAUAUAAAGAGCGGGAGGUUGGUGAGGGAGCCAGUGUGGCCCACACAGCGGCUGGACCUGCUGCUGCUGGUCAACGAGGCCAAGUGUGACACCUUCAUGUACCAACACCUGAUCCGGCCCUUGCCUCCAGUGCUCGAGAGAAUUGCAAGACAAAAGAACUUAAGUGACAUAGAUAUAGGUGUGGUUGGGUACGGGACCCGGGGCGGGGAGGUGAUCUACCACACCUCCGGGGCGUCUUUCCUCGCCCCAGUCUCACAGUUCCGGGCCACACAGCCAAGGAACAGACACCACGCCCUGGGCACUCUCCAGCAGGGGCUCAGGGCAGUCACCACCUUCCCCUUCCGCUCUGGAUCAGUUCGAGUUGCCUUCGUUGUGAGCUGUGAUGACCAGGACCUUCCGAAGUUUCCUGAGAGUCUGCCACAAGAGCUGGUCCGUCGUCGCCUGACGCUCUUCACACUCACCCCGGACCGGCUCCUCCUCAACCCCAGUCGUCCCACGGCAGUCAGGAACACCAUAGGUGUGGACAGGUGGCGCGUGUAUAACCUGAGGCUGGACCAUCCCGAGUCUCCCGACACCUGGGGCGUCAAUACUCCCAGCUCUAACAUUGCCCAGGUGGCUCUCAAGAGUGGAGGUGGAGUGUUCUCCGUCACAGCCCUGCGAGAAGACGACAAGGCCCCAUACUACAUGAAACUCUUCCGGAAGGUCCUCAGCAAAGCCAUCGUCAAGGUGGCCAGCAACACCUACAAGCGCCACCUCACACCAACUCCACUGAAUUAAAAACAUUUCUCAGCUCAUUACUGUAGCAAAUGUGACGUGCUGCCUUUAGUACAGCUUUUUUUCAGUCUCAAGCUAUUACUGGCAUUAUAUAAGAUGUAAGACUCUUGAUUUGCUGGAUAAGGUUUUGCUAGAUUGUGUUGAAGGGUAAGGAUGAGUCUCAACACUGAAAAGAAUGGUGUUCCUGGAUACGGAUUAGUUUCAGCCGGGAUCAAGCGUAGAGAGAGUCCUGAUCUCAUAUCCCAAAUGAAUUCUUUACUGUAAUACUUCAUAUUGUGAAGUAAAUAUCCACUUAUAAUUAGUAAUGGUAAAUGAAUUAAGCUUAAUUCUUGAGACGGGGAUCCGAGUCCCAGAAAAUAUUAGCACUCAAUUAUUGAGUUUUGAACAUGUUGCAAAUAAUUUAAUAAUAUAUUAUUUUUAAAGAGCUGACAACGAUGGAGAGAAGCACCGAGAUGAGAAUGCACUUGACUGGUAGAUAGUGUUUCGCCUGUACAGCCUUCUACAUCUACAGUCUAUUAACAUGUUAGUGUUUUACUUCAUGAAAAUAUAUUAAAUUUUGCAGUUAUUGCAAGAGUGAGAGGAUAACAUUAUUGGUUCUUCUGACUUGCCUAAUAUCAUAAAUAGAACUUAACAUUGGAAUAUUUUAAUCGUAGGGAUAAUGUAUGAUAAUUUCUGCAGAGCUAUGGUUAAGUAUUAAAUUCUAAUAUAUAUAUAUAUAUAUAUAUAUAUAUAUAUAUAUAUAUAUAUAU